AUGGAGCGUGAAGAAGAUUCCAACUCUCUUGUCCCCAUCAAAGAAACAUUCCUUGAUGAACAAGUGUUUGGGGUCAACCAUGCUCAUGAGCUUCCUUGGUUUGCUGAUUUUGCUAAUUAUUUGGCUAGUGGGUUGAUGCCGCCUGAGAUGACUAGCCAACAAAGGAAGAAAUUCUUGCAAGAUGUGAUGUCUUAUUUUUGGGAGGAGCCCUUUCUAUUUAAGCAAUGUGCAAAUCAGAUCAUUAGAAAAUGUGUUCCUGGACAUGAGGAUGCUCAUGCUUAUGUCGCUAGUUGUGAUCAUACCCAAGGGGUUGGAAGCAUCUCAAGAAGACAUGAAAUGCCUCUAACUAAUAUACUAGAAGUUGAAUUGUUUGAUGUUUGGGGGAUUGAUUUGAUGGGCCCCUUUCCACCCUCGUAUGGUAAUUUGUAUAUCUUGGUGGCUGCUGAUUAUGUUUCUAAGUGGGUUGAAGUCGCUGCCUAUCCUACCAAUGAUUCCAAGGUGGUCAUGAGGUUCUUACACAAGCAUAUUUUCACUAGAUUUGGCACUCCAAAAGCUAUCAUAAAAGAUGAGGGAACCCAUUUUGUGAACAAAGUGUUGGCUAUCUUAUUGGCUAAGUAUAGUGUGAAUCAUAAGGUGCCUACCGCAUACCACCCUCAAACCAAUGGCCAUGCAGAGUUGUCUAAUAGAGAAAUCAAGGGUGUUCUUGAGAAGGUGGUGAAUCCAAAUCGCAAGGAUUGUUCCAAGAGGUUGGAUGAUGCUCUAUGGGCCUAUCGAAUGGCAUUUAAAACUCCUUUGGGAAUGUCUCCUUACCGCUUAGUGUUUGGAAAAGCAUGUCACUUGCCUGUGGAACUUGAACAUAGAGCUUAUUGGGCACUCCAACAACUCAAUCUAGACUUGCAACUGGAAGGGGAAAAGAGAAUGCUACAACUUGAUGAAUUGGAAGAAAUGCGCUUAUUUUCAUAUGAGACUGCAAAACUUUAUAAGGAAAAAACAAAGAGGCCAGGACUUGGUGAUAUUUAUGGCUGGUUUGCUAAUCAUUUAAAUGCUGGAAAGUUUGGAAGGGAUGCUGCAGCUAUGCUGUUAAGCUCUUUAGUGAUGCUGCAGCACUGGAGAUAG